GCGCAUCUCCUACACUCAGUUCAGUAGAAUAUACGAAAUGAACAAAGCUAUUCUUUUACUUCUUGUGAUCGUCGGGCUUUCGAGCGUCGAGCCUCAUGGCUACGUUAGGCAACCACUUGCCAGAACUUCGAUUUUCCGAAACCCAUCUUUCGGAGCUCAAAUGCCAUUCUGGUGGAACGAUACCGGUGUAAUGUGCGGAGAUGUUGUUCAAGAUGCGCAAUUCUCUCGGUGCGGACGUUGCGGUGAUGCUUUUGGAGAAACCCAUGCCAACCAAGGUGGUACUUACGACAAGGGAAUUAUCACUGGAACAUACUCCGCUGGCCAGAUCAUCGACGUUGAAGUCGAUAUUACUGCCAACCAUCGUGGUUUCAUGCAAUUCGAACUUUGCCCACAAGUGACUGAGACCAAUGCUUGCUUCACACACCGUUUGAACUUUGUUAGUGGAGACCGACCAAUCCGAAGUGGCAACAUGAUGUGCACAGGAAACGAUCAUCAAAAUGGAGUCAUCAGAGCCCGUGUGCAACUCCCAGCUGGUGUUAGAUGCACCAGAUGUACUCUUCGUUGGACCUACAGAACUUCAUACCCACCAAAUCCAGAUGCGUGCUUCAACGGUGGCCCAGCUCAAACCUUCAGAAACUGCGUUGAUAUCAGAAUCAACUAGAUUCAUGCCUGAUAAAUACGGAAAAUAAAAUCUUAUUCGCAUUC